GUCGCAUCCUCCGUCCAGCUCCUCGCAAUGAGACGCGUGGGAAUAGGAAAUCCUGACACAAAAGAGGAGGCCGUGAUGUGACGCGAUGACGAGAGCCACGUGGCUGCUUCUCAUUGGCUGUGUGCUCCAGGUCCACUGCGCCGUCAGAAAAGCCCUCAAGACGCAUAGUGGUGACCCAUUCGACUCCCUUCCUAAAAGCUUUUGGUACGAAUUUUCGUCCCCAUUCACUGAGUCAUAUGACGAUCUGACAGAGCCGGAGCCCAGAACCACGCCGGAUCCAUUACCGUUCUUCGAGGACCACGCCAAUUCGACGAAUGUGACGACCCAAUUGGGCAGCGCAGUGUUUCUGCACUGCAAGGUGCAGGAUCUGCGGGACAGAACCGUAUCUUGGGCCCGUCGCAGGGACAACGAGCUGCAUCUCAUCACGUACGGUCUGCACACAUACUCGAGUGACUCCCGUUACUCGCUCAACUACCAGCAUCCCAAUGACUGGCGUCUCCAUAUUCAGUUCGCCAACGAACGUGAUGAAGGAAACUAUGAGUGUCAAGUGUCCUCCCACCCGCCGCUCGUCUUCUACGUCCUCCUCAGCGUCGUCGUUCCCAAAGUAGAGAUUGUGGACGAGCGAGGGGAUGCCAUUCCUGACAAGUUCUACAAGGCGGGGAGCACUAUAGAGCUGAAGUGUGUUAUCAGUCAGGUGGCCCAGCCGUCCAGCUACGUCACGUGGAAACACGGCCAGAGGAUGCUCAACUACGACACAUCGCGCGGGGGUAUCAGUGUCAAGACGGACAUUCAGCCUGGUGGAGCAAUGAGCUCUCUGUACAUCGCUAACGCCAAUAAGCAGGACUCUGGUAACUACACGUGCUCCCUGGCGGACGUUGCCUCAACUACAAUCGCCGUACACGUCCUCAAUGGGGAGAACCCGGCUGCGAUGCAGCAUGGAGGCUGUGCGUCGUGGGCGAGAGGCCUGGGUCGAUGGGCAUUGCUACAGCUCUGUGUCACGUGGCUUCUUCAAACAUUCAUACUCCACAGGUGACAGGAACUCCAGUGAGGGUUGGACAUGACUUACAGCACUUGGCUUUCGUGAUGAUAUUUCGAACUAUGACGUCAAUCGAAAUAUUUUAGGAGGCGUUCACAUUACCACCAAAACCACAGGGUACCAGCUCGUAUGGAGAAUAUUAGAAUGUCUUCAGACAGAGAAGCCCACUUCCAUAUCUCUCAUUCAAGACAAAGGCCUGGUCUUAAAUAGACUUUAGAGCUGUCAUUGGUGAAAAGUGUUUUCCUACGAAUACGAAAUACAUUUCAUGACAAACGGCCUAUUUGUUACGGAAACUUGAAACACAGAACAUACAGAUAUAAAGUUGAAAUAAACAACAGGUGAAGACUUCAGUUUUCUUAUUAAUUAAUGAUAAAAUUUCAGUUAAAUUCAGUACAGACUAAAUAAAAUUAUUUUUCAUCUCAGUUGAUUAAAAGUUCCCGAAAAACAAUCCUCUUUAUUUUAAAGAGUGCUCUAAAUACUUAGCAAUUGUUUAUAUUUUAUUCGAGAAUCUAAUAUAUACUGCGUUACAACUUAUUUAACCUAUAACAGAUCUGCGCAUGACUAAGUCUCUUACACGGCAACGUAAUGGGUUUUGCAGUACUAAUGACUUACUAGAAACAAAAGCAAUGUGUCUUCCGACUUCUACGUAGACCAACUUCUGACUUGAAGUAGAGUUGAGGAAACUGGUUGUAAUCUUUUUUCUUUAAUCUUUUGAUAAGUUUCCUUCAGCUGCCUCAGUUAUUCACUUAUCUGACAUUAAGAGUUUGUCAUCAGAGACUGUAUUUACUUACUGGGUCUUAUUCCACCAUCCGUAGUUAAAAGCACAUUAUAUCGUGUCUUUUAAAUGCUGAAAUAUUAUUAUUAUUAUUCUGUUGUGUCUUCUUUGUAUGAAUUUAUUAACUUCCUUCCCGCAUUAUUCAACGAUCUGCAAAAAUAUAAACGCGAUAUUUUAAGUCACUCUUUCGUUCCAAUUAUCCACAACCGAGUGUUACUGAGUAUGAUUUUAAUAUUUAUUCUGCAGAAUUACUUUAACCGUCAUAGAAAUGUCCGCUUCCAAUCAAUAACUGUUAUCCCUUUUCAUCCAAAUAUUGUUUAUUCAUCAUGAAGGCAUGCACAAUUGUAAGUGCUGAAUCGUUAAACACAGAAUGAAACAAUUGGUAUUUUUAGAAUUAAGCUGGCAUUUCAUUCUGGUCAUUUGAAACAGUAGAAUGGUUUAUUGGUAACUUAUUCCCUUCGCGUUCCUGCAUCCGUCUAUGCUGUGUUCUACAGUACACUGAAAUAUACUACGUAAUUUAGCGCUCGUCAUAUAAAGCCUGGGUGGGUCUCAAGUUCUGAUGUGAUCAUUUGUGGUGUUAUAUUAAAUAAGAAAUCAAGAUUACGAUUACUAUCUGAUACUCUGUGUUGCCAUAGUGACUAAGUAAAACCAUUACUCAUAAAGUUAUUAAAAUUUCUCAAAAUAAAAUGCCAUAACCAGUAAGUAAAAUUUGGUAUCUGUGAGAGUGAACUUAUGUGCUGAGAACAGGAAGGCAAUGUUUUUGCAACAGACGAUAUAACCAUAAUCUUCAAGGUACUGUAGGCGACUGUCUUUCCUUCUGAACAGUGUAAUGAAGUGACUAGGCCCCAUGAAAUGCGGAUGAGGUCUGGAACUCUACGUAAAUACAAGUGAGACCCUACUGAAAACACAGAACAGGCUCGCAUCCACAGGAGCUCAGACCACAGCUCAAAUAAACACAUUGGAUAAACACGCAUUGAUUUUGAAAUCCUCCUCUUAAUAGUCUGGCAUGACUUAAGUUCUGAAAUAAAGAGAUUUACAGCUUAUACAUAUAAUGUUGUGAAGAUACGCCUCCAAGCAAGGCACAUUCUCUUGAAUACCUAGAACUUCCGGUUCGCAAAAUAAAUUAAAACGAAAUACCUUCUGUUUUUAAAAUUAACAUAACAAUUUAUAUUUGUUAAGGUCCAAAAGGUUCAGGAGCGCAUGCCAUGCAACUUAGCCCAGGUAUUUCGGAAAAAGAAUUGACGUUGAUAAGAAGAAGGAAAUAUGCACAAAUAUAAACGUAAUUAUAUAAUUUUAAUGAAAUUUUAUAUUCUGAAUUAAAUAGGGCGAUUGGUGAAACUAGUUUUAAAGAGUUUAACAUAAGUUUGUAAGCUGACUUCCGGCAACCUCCCUUGAGGAGAAAAUCCUGGCUUUGCUACUAACAUUCCCGUUAAAAAUACAUAAAAUAGCCUUUAAAAGUAAUUAAUUAUCAUAUAUAGAUACAAUACAUAAAAUCAUUUAGACACUUCGUAAUAACUCUUCUUCUCCCACGACUAAUACAGGGAUAUUGACUAUAUAGGGUAUCAGUUCUGCAAUUUACGAUUGUAGCAUAUAAUCUGAACUCUAAACGAAAAUGCAUACAAUAAUUGUAACGACAUAUCGAGCUCUGUUGAAAUAUUAUAUCGUGGCGACAUUUUGUGUUGUAUUGUACCUUUGUUUUGGUUUAAAUCAACACAAUUUAUGCAUAAGUAUAAUAUGCAUUAAAAUUUUACAGCAUGCUUCAGCAUUUUGGUUAACAUCAGGCAUUUUACUCGUACAUAUGCCUUUAACUGGCAUGUAUCUUCCCUACCUUGACCAGUGGUUACAUGUGUUUACGUUUUGUGUUGGCAGACAUUUCCGCCUCCAUUUACGCACUACUUGUUCCCAGUUUAUGUCUUUCUCUUUCUCUCUCUACUUCUCUGUUCUGGAUUUAUAUUCCUUUAUCAAAACGGUUUGUUGGAUAUCACGCAGUUGACCUUCACUCUCACAGACUUUGGAAACUCCUGACCGCAUUUAACUGCGGGAUUUAUGAGAACAGAUUUAAUUAACGACAUUGGACUACUCAAACUUAUUUCCCAAGAGUAUCUCUCCCCCAAGUCCCCACUCAGUGUUUGGUUCAGUUACAUUUAAUUUUAAGUAAAUCUCUCUUACUCAGAAGAAUAGAGUCUCGAGAUUAAGUCAAAAUGGCGGAGAACUAUUACGAUCAGCAAGCACUGUAUCUAAAACAGUGAGACCAAGCAAGUUUGACUGUAGGUGACUAUAGCAAAGUUUAAAGCACAUUUGUAUGAACAGAGUAUCAAGUUCUUGCGACAUGAUGUGACCCCAAAUGAAAGAGUAUAUUGAAGAAAGUCGUCUUCUGCGUUUAGGCGCCGUUUAUUCUUCGU